AUGGAUUAUCACACUCAACACCCGGACAAAUAUGAACCAGACCACGAAUAUUCCAGUGACUCUCGCAGCGAUCAAUCGGAUGAGACGAUCGACCAUGUCGACACACUCGAGCUUACGCGUAUCAACACAUAUCGACUGCAACAAAAGACAACUGUAGGCUCUACAAGAGGGCCUGAACCCCGAGACCGAUGGCUUGCAAUGGGCGCCAACAAAGACUAUCCACCUCUGCUCCCGGAUUCUGAAGACUACGUGGUGGAAUUUGAUGGAGCCAAUGACCCUUUACAUCCAUACAACUGGUCUACGACGAGACGAACAUUUCUAGUCUGCAUCCUCUGCUAUGGUACUUUUGCUGGAUCGUUCACUAGUGCCGUCUUCGCGGCCGCUAUUUCUGGUGUAAGCCAGGAAUUUAACAUAAGCAGCGAAGUUGGAUCCCUUGGAGUGACACUAUAUGUUCUUGGAUUCGCCGCGGGGCCGACGAUUUGGGCACCAGGCUCAGAGUUGAUCGGCAGGCGCUGGCCGCUGUCUCUUGGAAUCUUUGGCUGCGGCAUCUUCACCAUUUCAUGUGCUGUUGCCAAAGACAUACAGACCAUCAUGAUCUGUCGAUUCUUCGCUGGCCUGUUCGCGGCCAGUCCAAUUUCAAUUGUUCCAGCGGUCUUCGCAGACUUAUUCAACAAUGCGCAACGUGGCGUUAUCAUGUCAAUCUUCUGCAUGGCCGUCUUCAUCGGGCCCUUCGCAGCGCCAUUCGUUGGCGGAUUCAUUGCUGAAAGCGAGCUGGGCUGGCGAUGGACGAUGUAUAUCUCUGCAUUCAUGGUCUUCUUGGGCUUUGGCCUGAUUGUCCUCUUCCUCGACGAGACCUAUGCUCCUGUCAUCCUUGUCCGCAAGGCAGCCACUUUGCGCCGACAGACUCGCAAUUGGGGCAUCCAUGCGAAACAGGAUGAGGUGGAAGUGGAACUCGCAGAACUUCUUCGCAACAACUUUGCUCGACCUAUUGUGAUGUUGGUCACUGAGCCCAUUCUGCUUCUGGUAUCGCUGUACAUCGCCUUUGUGUAUGGGCUUAUGUAUGCUCUAUUGGGCGCCUACCCGGUUGUCUUCCAGGGCGUUUACGGCAUGAACAUGGGUGUGGGUGGGCUUGCCUUCAUUGGCAUUAUCAUCGGCGAACUUCUUGGUGGUGUUUACAUUCUCAUGAUCCAGAGUGCAUACAGACUGAAGCUGGCUGCCAAUGACGAUAAACCUAUUCCCGAAUGGCGCCUUUCGCCGGCAAUUGUGGGCGCUGUGACAUUUGCCGGUGGGAUGUUUUGGUUUGGUUGGACCGGAUACACUUCAUCUAUUCACUGGAUGGCUCCUGUAGCCUCAGGUGUUCUCACUGGAGCGGGUAUCUUCUUGAUCUUUUUGCAGUGUUUCAAUUACAUCGUUGACUGCUAUCCUUCAUUGGCUGCCUCAACUAUUGCCGCAAACACAAUCCUACGCUCGGCCAUCGGCUGCUCCUUCCCACUUUUCUCCCGUCAAAUGAUGGAGAACCUGGGGGUGCAAUGGGCAGGCACGAUGCUUGGAUGCAUCGCUGUCCUGAUGAUUCCUAUCCCCGUUCUGUUCAAGAUAUACGGUCCAUGGCUGCGAGCAAGAAGUAAACUGGCAUGCUCGCCGGUGUAUGACGUUGAAAAGAAAGCGUAUGAUGUCUAA